CAGAAGAGGGCACCAGACCUCAUUCCAGAUAGUUGUGAGCCACCAUGUGGUUGCUGGGAAUUGAACUCAGGACCUUUGGAAGAGCAGGCAAUGCUCUUAACCACUGAGCCAUCUCUCCAGCCCAAGCCUACUCUUUUUUACCAUCUUCUCCAUCACAGUUCUGGCAUACCAAAUUUCCACUGGUUGGGGCAAAAUCUUGGAGUCAUACAUACCUCCAUCACAGAGAGACAGGAUAGGGCUUCUGUUUUGUUUUUUGUUUGUUUGUUUGUUUUUAAUUAAACCACUCAUAGAUUCUCAGCCCCAACUAGAUGUGUGGCUUUUGAGAGGGAUAAAGGGUUUUUGUCUUCCGCAUGCUUCUUUACGGAAGGUGAGGUGCACAAACAGGGAGAGGAGGGGAAAAUUAGUGAACAGAUAAGCGGGUAUAUGUAUUACACUUGCUCCACACAGCCUAGAUGCUGUUAGUUCCCCAAAUCAAUCUUGUCAUUCAUUCUUUCUCCCAGAUUCUCUUUUGGUCAGGUUACACGCGACCUGCAGGUGUGGCCCGGGCUCGGGGCCCGCCCUCAAGCCCCGCCCACAUUGCAUGCUGGCCCCUCCUGGCUCCGGGCUAAGGCUUGGGCCUCCAGGAUUCUGUAACGGUUCUAACUGCUGGGAGCCGGUGGUCCUCAGCUCGGGAUCUGCAUCUGCUGCCCUGAUUGCUCAGGUCUCCCUGCUCCUCGGGAGGCUCCUCCCACGGGCAAGCCCGGGGCCGCUCCCUUCUGCCCCUUCCUUCCUCUAGGUGUCCUCACCUGCCACCCUACUGAGCAGCUGACUUUCCCCUUAGGAUCUUCUUGGUUUGUAGCGAAGACUUCAGGUGAUUUGAGUUUUGCCACCUCUGAGUGACGACCCCUUUGUGUCUCCUUUUCAAGGCAAUUGCCAGCCUCCACUCUGAAGGUUCCCUGCUGUGAAUGCAGUUUUCCAAAGAUUUUGCUAGCCUGUGUCUGUCUCCGUGUUAAGUGGCUGGAACUGGGCCUAAGUUCGUUCUCUACAGCGAGAGCUCCGCAAUGAAACCUCAUCCUCGGGCCUCUCCCCCUUCCCUUCCCAUGCCUUCUGCAUCCCGGACACCAGGGCUGGGUCACACAGGUGAGACCCAGCAGCCAAAAGCCUGGAACUGGCAUUUAGACCCUCAGCUGUGGGCAAGAUCAGUUCGGCAACAGUUGAAUACCUGCCUCCGCUUUAUUCUGGAAGAGAGGAACGUACCUUCGUCUCCCGAUAAGCCCUCAGUUGAAGUCCUUGAAUCUAGGCUGACUGAAUGUAGCUGCAGCAUUCAAGGACAUUCCUGGGACUGUUGGAAGAAACAGAAGCUCCUUAAGGAAGUGGUUGAAUCAGAGCAGCGGACAUCGCUGGAGCUGCUGCUGUCCGAGCUGCAAUCUCUGCUGUCAGCUGUGCUGCAGGAUUGCAGCUGUGAAGCCUGGCGUUAUCUGCAUGCAGUACUGGGCCUGUUGCCUCCAUAUCGUGAGAUGCUAACUGGUCAGCUCGAGUUGCUGCCUUUACUGGAGCAACUGUACUGCUGGGCACCCAAGGUCCAAUCCCAACUCCACCUGGAUCUGCUAGAUGCCAUAGAUAAGGCCUUUCCCCCAGAUACCUCUUUAUUACACAGUUCUUCCCAUGUUGACUGCCGUCCCUGGAUGAAGAGGUCUCAUCGAGGGCCUCCAUGGCCAGCAUGCCCUUUUGUGAAGGCCCGGUGGGGCAAACAACAAAAGCAGGAACUAGCCACGUGGCUGCGACCAUUGACACUGCCUGAGCUACAGCACAGCCUGGGCAUUGUUGGUGUUGAGGUGGCCCUAGAAGAGACCCAGUGGCUGAAUAGCCUGAGUCUCCUGCCCUUGGCACUGGCGACAGACAUUCCUGUACAGUAUGGAAGCAGCGAUGCUCACCUCGCAGAAGGGGAGCCUGCUGAGAGAAAGUCUCAGCGUGCCUCUGAAUCUCCUGAGAAGAAGGCCUUCAAGAAGAAAAGUUCUAAGACUUCCUUACUGAAAAGUAAAGUGAAAUCCCUUCUGAAGACAGACUGGUACCAGAGGAAGAUCCACUUCCUCUACCUCAAUGUGGCUCCUGACCGGUACUUUAAGCCUUACAACCUGGUAGUGGUGCCACCGAACCAGGUGAAUCCUGAACACUACAUCUUCUCUCCCUUUGGGAUCCUGCAUGUGCAUCCUGUGGAGGGCAGUGAAGCCAUGACACUGGGUACCUGGCAUCGCAACUCCACCCUCUGGCACGAGCUCCAGCGCAUCCCAUUCUUUAGGAAUUGCCUCUUACAAAAGGCUUUGACCUGCUGGAAGAAGAAUGUGAGGCUGCAUGGACUGCACCGAAUCCAGACUUUCCUGAAGAGUCAUCUGCUCUUGGCUGUUCCUCACUUUGGAGCUGGGCUGCUCCAUAUUAGCAGGCUUCUUCAGGAGCUUCGUUCUGUGUCCUGGCUACCCAAGGAGCCAGAUAAGAGCUAUGAGCUUCUGGACCUGCAGAAGACAAUAGCCAAAGAGAAUCACAGGGCUCUGAGAGUGUUCGGUCGCUUUCUGAAUCUCUGCACAUCCAUCCUUCAGCUGGUUCACGAAGACACAUAUCAAAUGCAACAGGGCCUGCAGGAAAGAGUGCAAAACUGGAACAGGAUCAGGAAAGGCCAUGGCUCUAUAUACCUUCAGAGGGUGUUGUGCAGGCAUCUGGAGAAGAAGCUGAAGCAGGCAGAAACAUGGUUGCUGAAGCUGGGAAAGUUUGCCCGCAUGAUUGACUACAUGAUUUGUCAGAAUCUUGUUUCCAUCUUAGAAGAUGAAAUAACUUCCUUUAUAGCCAACACCAUGCAAGUCCCAAGAGAAAACCCCUUUCUCUUAUCACAGCUGGUCUUUGAUGACAAUGGCCGGUUGUCUCCUAUGCCUUGUGUUGAAACUAUCAUCCAGAGUCUUACUAAGGGCUUGCAAGCUAUCAAGACCUCUGCCCUAAAGGUAGUGCAGUCUACAGACAUGAGAACCUCCAUGGAUCCCCUGAAUUCUGAAGAUGAUAAAGACCAGGACUCAAAUGCAGAAUUCCUGAUGCCCAAGUUUCAUGGAAAGCCCAGCGAUGCUGUUCACCUCUUCUGUGGCCCAAAUGUAGGAUUUGUGUGGCCCUGGAAGUCUCAUGCAAUUACUGAUGUCCUGGAGGUCCGUGGGCACCGACUUCGGGGUCAGUAUCUACAUACCAAUUAUAAUCAUGUACAGGAGGACUUGGACAACAAUACUAGAAUCCAACAGGCACUGGCUGUACAACAGGCACUGCUGGAGGACAUGCUGCAGGAGGUUCAGGAAUUCUGCAGUGAACAGCAGUGGGCGGAAGGCAUCUAUCAGUUCCUGAAAGCUUGGGAUCCUCAGAAGUUAGAGAACCUGAGAGGCUCCCCCAUUAAGGACUAUGUAGUACUAGUCAGCCAGCUGAAAGAUUGGCAGGAACGUGUCUCCAAUAUGCCUGUCCAGUUGCUGACAAAAGGCAAGUUGCUGCUCCUGAGUGGCCAUGAUGUUCAAGCAGAGUUGGAAUCCAAGUUAAGCAGCAUGAGGAAGAACAUUCUUGCGCAAGUGCAAAGUGAAUGCUGGAGCCGUAAUGGGCAACUGAUGACAGAGAUGACACAUUUCUUGCAGGCCUUCCAAACCAUCAACUCAGACAUCCAUGCCAUUGCUCAAUGCUCCCAAAAGUUGAAUGAAGCCAAUGAGCAAUAUGGACAGCUGGAGGAACGAGUGGAAUAUGUCCGAUCACUCCAUGACCUCAUCCGCAACCACUGUGGCCGUUUUAUGGCUGAGAAUGAGACGCUAGACAUCUCGCUUCUGGAUAUAUGGGAGACUUUUCAGUUUGAGAGAAGCCAGGCUUCCGAGUUCCUGCUCAGUAAGCGACAUUCCAUUGUGCCCAAGCUGCAGCAGUUGAUGGCAGCAGCAUUGACAGAGUUGGAGGACCUGUUGGCAAAAGCACUGUCUGGUUCCUUCAUGGACCCUUCACAAGAACAGAGGAGCACUGAGCAACAGCUUGCUGCCUUGGAGCACCAGUUCUUGAACACACUCAACAACUUCAAUGACCUACGCUAUGCUUACAACACCUUCACGGGGGAUGAGUGUACUAUGUCCCCACCUACUUCUGGGAACCGGCCUAUUAUACAGCAGCAGCGUAUCUGGAGACUCUACCGAAUCAUCUCUGAAAACUUCAGUGAGUGGAAGUGCAUGGCUUUUACCAAGUUCAGUCUUUCUAUGGCCAGGGAGAAGACAGAUGCCUGGCUGACAGAGGCUGCACGGCUCAGCACCACUCUGGGGCUGCACAGUCCAGUGCUACAACGCUGCAUGCGCAUGCUAGAGGACUUUCGAAACUACCUGCCCUUGCUCACCAAGCUGGGCAGCCUCCAGCUUCAGAACUUUCACUGCCAAUCCCUCUUGAGAGUGUUAGGGCUGGGCAGUCUGCAGAGCUUCGACCUUAUCACACUGGGCCAGCUGCUCAACUGUCCACUGCUGGAAUUCGCAGACAGAAUCAAUCAGGUCUGGCAGUAUGAUAAGGAACGAAUUCAUGCCCAAGAAAGCCUUCAGCAGAUGCAGCAGUACUGGGAGGGGCGCCAGCUACGCCUUCUCAACUUCAUCCUGCAUGUGCCCUACAAACCCCCAGUCUCAGAGCGUUCCAAAAGGCAGGCAUUUCGAAACCUCCAGUGGGAGUUAGUUGGCAAGGAUAGUGGCACAUUCCUCCUCUCAGACUACAGCAGCCUGCAAGAUGCCAUCCAGAACAGUCUUCAGGCACUAUUCAAGAUCCUAGCCAUCCAAAAGUCAGGAGAGUUGAAUAAAAUAGCUUUAGAGUGGGUGUCCAUCAUGUACAGCCUAGGUGCCCUCCUGGAGGUGUGGGUGGCAUUCCAGCAGAAGUGGAUUUUUCUAAAUAAAGUUCUACAUGAGAUGAAGAUCCAGUUUCCUAGUGCUGAGCUGAAUGCCCGUUUCAAAGUCAUGGAUGAUCAGUAUCGGACCCUAAUGCGAAUCUCUGUAGCUGACCCAAUGGUUCUGUCACUAAUAGUGCCCAAUGCCAAGAGGAGCCCUUACUUUCAAGGUCAGCAUCUACAACAACUACUAAAAGCAGGAUCUGUGGAGCUGGAGGCCAUCAUCAUGGCUCUGGAGGAUGUCCUCUAUGGGGUAUGUUCCCGCUUCCCCCGCCUUUUCUUCCUCAGUGACAGUGAACUGGUGGCCCUGCUUGCUGCCCCUCUAGAGACCUGUGAGGCUCAACCAUGGGCACAGCGCUGCUUUCCUCACAUUAAAGCUGUGGACUUCAGGUCCAACCCAAUUAAUGAGAAAAGCAAGAAUGACCAGGAGCCAAGCUCAAGUACACAGACUCCAGUGGAGACAAUUGCUGUGCUAGGGGCAUGUGGAGAGAAAGUGAAACUUCAGGGUCCUCUUCCUCUACACCCAGAUCUUCCUAAGUGGCUAGCCUCUUUGGAGAAGUGUCUGCGUUUUGUAACUGUGAACUUGCUGCAGAGCUGUGUCGCCACCCGCCUUGCUCAAGGCCCAUCCCUAGUUAAGGCACUGAAGGCACUGCCUCAACAGAGAAAGGUGCCCAUGCAGCUCUAUGUCCAGCACUGGCUAGAUGCAGUGGAGGCUUUUCCAUGGCAGUGCAUACUGGUGGCAGAGGAGGUAGUGUGGCGGGCUGAGAUGGAGGAGCUUCUGUCUGAGUGGGGGACCAUGCGGAUGAUUCCCAUACAUGUACACAAGCUGGAAGUGCUGGUGCAGUUUAUACGAUCUCAGAGGAGCUCCCGGGGUGAGCACCCUCUGCCUUCUGUUCGCCAGACUAGCCUAUUCAGUACCCUGCUGGUCAUGGCAGUGAAUCAUCGGGAUGUAGCACAGCUCCUGGGAAAGCACCGGGUCAGCGAUCUGACAGACUUCCACUGGGUCCGCCAACUUAAGUAUCACUUGGGUUCAUCUCACUCAAACCCCAAGGGGCCCGUGCAGUAUCUUAAGACUGUUGCAUCUGCUGAGCCCUCUCUGUCACCAGCUGUGUGCUGGAUAGAUGUGCUUGGCCGGUCCUUUAUAUACAAUUAUGAGUAUCUGGGACCAAAACUGGGGCCUCUACCCAGCCUGAUGCAUGAGAGGCAAAUGUUGGUUCUCUUAUUGGCCAUGGAGGAGGUGGCCUGUGGGACCCUACUUGGCCGAGAUGGUUUGGGCAAGUCAGAAACAGUGAAUAGCCUGGCAUGGGCCCUGGGCCGCCAACUGGUAAUGAUGCCCUGCUUGCCCCAGAUAGAGUUCCGAUGUCUGAGCAAUUACUUGAAUGGUGCCCUUCAGGGUGGAGCCUGGCUGCUGUUGGAGAACGUUCACCAACUGCCUCCUAGCUUGCUCUCUGCCCUGGGCCAGCGUCUGGAUGAACUACGCCAUCUUUAUGCUCCAUUGUACCAGAAAGCUUCCCAAAACAUCAGUACCAUAAACCCUACUAAGCCCCUAUUCAUUGGCGCUGGUUUCUUUGAGAAGCACCAUGUGUUCAUGCGCCUUGGCUAUGGCUGUUUCCUGACAUUUCAUGCCCUGAGCCCUGAUGUGCCUGCCAAUCUGCACUUGCUACUGCGUCCUGUGGCCUUGGCACUGCCUGACCUGCACCGAGUGGCAGAACUUUACCUGCUGGGAGCAGGGGUGAAGGAUGCCUCUCGAAUGGCUACUCGGCUAUCCAAAUUAUUCUCCUUAGAGCGCGAGCUAGUGUCUGGGACCUUGCCCUGCCGCUUGUCACUGCUCAAGCAGGUGCUGGAAGAUACAGUACAGACGCUAAAUGCACCUGUGGAGGAAAACAGUUCCGAGCAGCCAGACAACCUAGCUGCGCCUGAGGAGGCUGCCCUACUGCAAGCCCUGUUGCACUCACCGCUGUUCAGCAUCCUUGAUGGGCUCCGCCUGCAAAAGCUCCGAGAGCUGCUCUGUGGGAUUUUCCCUAACGCUAGUCACAUGCUGGCGAAACCUGUGACCCAUAGACUGAUGAGGUCCGUAGUGGUGGAAGAACUCCAGCAGGUAGGCCUGCUUCCCACCCCUAACGUAUUGAUGUCUCUGGAGCAGCUCAGUCAGGCCCUGAGCCGGGCCUCUGGUAUUCUGCUCUUGGGCCCUGCAGGCAGUGGCAAGAGUAGUUGUUGGAAGAGCUUGUUUAAGAUUCAGAAUCGGCUGGCAGCCAUGGAACAAACCUCAACCCAGGGUUUCCAGUCUGUGGAAAUUGCCCACCUAUAUCCUAGUGUGCUCAGCUCCCAAGAAUUCCUAGGGUGGUCAGAGGGUCCCUCCUGGCACUAUGGCAUCUUCCCCAAGCUUCUUCAUGCUGCCCCUCAUUGUAAGGAUGUGAACUCAGAAGAGCAGUCAGAGGAAUUCACAAGGAUCCAACAAUGGAUAGUAUGUGAUGGGACCCCUAAUCCUACAUGGAUAGACUCCAUCACUUGUCUCCUAAGUGACCCUCCCCAGCUGAGUCUCCCUAAUGGUCAACAGAUAGCACGACCCCUGAGUACCUUUUUCUUGAUGGAGGUGGCAGAGGCAGCAGGCAUGUCUCCUACAGUGGUAGGCCGGUGCGCUCUAGUCUGGUGUUGUGGGGAGCAGACAUGGCAGUGCAUGCUUAAUGUCUUGAUGGCAUCCCUGCCUCAUGAAUACCAUCUGCAGCAAGAGACAGUCAUUGAGCUCAACAGCUUAGCUGAAGUACUGGUGCCUGCAAUGCUCCGAUUCCUUACCCGCAUAGGUGCCAGUUCUCUGCUACAGGUACAUGGGCAUCAGACUGUUUGCCCAGGUGUGGCGGAAGUUGCCAGCCUGGCCCGCAUCUUGCGUGCUCUGCUUGACCCCCAUCUACGCGUAUAUGAAGAGGAGAAGCCACGUGUUCAAGAGGACUUUAGUGGCAGCGAUCUUGCAACACAAAGCUUCAAAUCUUCAAAAAGCAGGGUCCAGUCUGAUAGCAACGGCAUGACUAAAAAGCAGAGGAGACAUUUGCUGGCUAUCAGCAGCUUUCUUUUCGCCACAAUCUGGGGCUUUGGAGCACACCUUCCAUCCAGGCACUGGCCUCUCUUUGAUAACUUCAUGAGGAAUUUUAUUAGUUCCCUAUCCAACUACCCUGAGCCACCUCCUUCAGCCUUGGUGUUUGAUCUACAUGUAAACCUUGAAGAUGGAACACUGGUCCCCUUUGCCGGCCAGUACCUGAGCAGCUGUGUCAAAGGAAACCUGGGUACUUUCCAGCCCUCUUCCCAGACCGAACGGCUUUUGUAUGUGGUGAACCUGCUUCUAUCAGAUGGACAGCCAGUGCUGCUUGCUGGAGAGAUAGCCACAGGGAAGUCAGCUUUUGUGGAGGUGCUAGUGGAGCCAAGUCACCCUUCCAUCCACAGCCCCAUUCACUCUGCUUUAAGUUCUGCCCACCUUCGUCACGUGCUGAGCAGAGGGGUCCACGGUCAAACACAAGCCGCCGGCUCAUUCCUGGGGUAUUACCAGGAUUCCAAAGGCUCACUCCUUUUCCUGAUGGAAGAUCUGCACCUGGCUAGUUCUGACCCAGAGAAGAGCUGCCAGCCAGUGCUGGAGACUCUGCGCCAGGCAAUGGAAGGCACCAUCUAUGCUCGAAACACCUUGGAAUUACAGACGCUGCAGCCUACAGUCAACUUCCUUGCCACUGCUACAGUGCCAGGCUACUCUGAGCGCCCACUCUGUCCACGUCUCUUCCGACUCUUCACAGUGCUGGCCCUGGACAGCAUGAGCCAGGACAGCCUUUUGAGAAGGCAUGUACCUAGUAUCCAAGCCUGGCUGGAGCGCUUCCCCUCUGUGGAGCGGGAGCACACUCUGGCAAGAGCCCUCGUCAGAGCUUCGGUGGAGGCUUGGGAGGCUGUGUGCAACUGCUUCAUGCCUUCCCCUCUCCGCCCACAUUACCGCUUUUCCCUGCAUUCUGUGAGCCACAUUCUGCAAAGCCUGCAGCUGCUGCCUACCAGAAUGGGCUCACGAGGAUUUGUAGAUUCUUUCCAUCACCAGGAGCAUCUGCGCCGGGUGUCCGGCUUACGUGGAACUCGCCUGACUAUCAUGAUGUCCAUGCGCGUUGUGGUGCGUCUUUGGUUACAUGAGGCACAAAGGACAUUUUGUGACCGGCUGAACAGUGAUAGGGAACGUUCCCAUUGUGCUAAGCUGCUUCUAGAAAUAGCUCAGAGUGUCUUCUGUUGUGGGCCAGAGUCUCAGCCCUUGGUCAAGGACUUUGAGGAGGAAGUGGAGGAGGAAAAAGUGCCCGAAGUAGAAUCGGAAGGAGAAAUAGCCCAGUGGGAGGACCUAAGCAGCAGUGACAGUGAGUCAGAGGAAGAAGAGGACCCGUAUGGUCUUCAGAUCACCACAGGCUCAUUUCUCGGUGACAGCAGUCUAGCACCAUUACCCCUAAGACUGGUAAACAAGAACACAGGAAGUGUAAGUCAGAUGGCUCAGCAGGAGGAAGAGAUAACAGCUUCUAUUGGUAAGCUCCAGUCAGAGACACCCAAGAGUGAGUGGCAGACAGCAACCCAGAUGGACUUUAGUUUACCCUUGUUGCUACCCGUGCUGUUGUUCUAUCCCCAGGAGAAGCCCUCAGACCUAGUGUUCAGUCUGGAACUUACACUAGGAUCUAACCCCGAGAGCCCCAACUUGUACUUGGAGCGGCAGUGGGAAACUCUGGAAAAGCAGUUGGCUGCCUCAGCUGUCCGGUUGAAGCUGAAUCCUCACCUCACUCAGGGCCACAUGAUGACCCAGCAUGUGGCCCGCCUGGUCCGAGUUCUGGCUAGGCACCGGCAGCAUGGCCUGCUGCUCUCAGUGACUCGGGGUACUGGGCGCCAUACAGCCGUCAGUCUGGCUUCUAGCAUUUGUCAGGCUCACCUCUUUCACCUGCCAUCUGAGUCAGAGGAAGCUAUUUUCCAGUGUCUCCGAGAUGCCAGCUGGUGUGCUGGAGUAUUAAACCAGCCAGUGGCUCUUCUGGUGCCUGAGACUGUGAAUGUUGCUAUCUUUCACCAGCUGGUGGCCCUGGCAACCUCAGGUAGCUUUCCUGACCAGUACACAGAGGCAGAUCUGGAUAACAUCGAAGAACAUCUCCCCAAGGAGAACCCUGUGGUCAAACUCAUCAUUAAGAAGGACACAGUAUUGCAUAGGUUCUACCAGCAAGUAUGUAGCAACUUGCACAUGUUCUUCUUGAUGGGAGAUGACCAAGCCCAAAAGCAGCUGCCCUCUACUCUUUUCCUGAAGCUCCUUCAACUGACCAUUGCCAAUGUUGACCGCUAUGAACCCUGGGACCAAGCUUCCCUCGUCAGGAUUGCCCAAUACCAUCUAGAGGAUGCUCAGAGUCUACCUCUUGAUGAUGGCUCUUUAAAGUGCCCAGAUAUCAAGGCCUUCAUUCCUAAUGUUGCCAAAAUCAUGGCUCUCAUCCACCUUUCAUCUGCCUGUUAUCAUCAGCAUGUUUGCCCUGCACUGCCACUUGUCACACCUAAGACAUUCCUGGACUUCUUGGACAUGUUCCUGCUGCUGCAGCAGCAGAUGAUCCUGAAGAUGAGAAUGAAGGCCCAGCGUAUCCACUCUGCCCUAAAGACUCUGAGGCUGUUGGUUGAGAGGCACAGCACCCAAACUAACCUGCUAAGUGACCUGGAAAUGCGGCUAAAAGGCUCCUACAAGAAUGUUGGGAUGUAUCAAAGCCAGCUAGAGGAAAGCAAACUCCUAUACAAGCAGAAGAUGGCAGAAUGCCAACACCAGGAGAGCCUCAUUGAAAAUCUUGUCAAGCAGCAAAAUGCCCUCCAGGCUCAACAGGAGGCUUUCCUGGAACAGAUGGGCAAGGCAUUUCUAGGUCCUUUGAGCCAGCUGCAGGUAGCUGACUUUGAGGAGAUAAGAAGCUAUCGAGCCCCUCCAGACUCUGUAGUCCAGGUGACGGAUGCAUUGUGUGAAUUGUUUCACCAUGAGACGGGCUGGGCCAAUGCCAAGCAGCUGUUAUGUACUGAAGAUUUUUAUCAGGAACUGGUAUUCUUCCCCAAGGAGAAGCUGACUGACUCAGAGCUGAUAAAGCUAAACCAAGCUCUGAAAGCUCCAGGUAUAAGAGAUGCAGCCUUGAGGUCAGUAAGCAUCCCUGCAGCAAACCUGGCCAUCUGGCUCUGGGCUGUUCUGCGCUACGGGCUGGCACAGCGCAGGGGAUUGCCCACUGGCCUGCUGCUGCGGCAGGUGGAGGCAACACUGGCUCGGGAGCAGGCCCGUCUAGGCAAGUUCCAGUUUCAGGCCCAUGAUCUGCGGGAGCAAAUUUUGUCUCUUACGAAGAAGCUAGAAGAUGCCCUAGCCUCUCAUAAUCUUGUCAUGGAGACCUUAAAUCAGGCACAAUGUGGACAGUAUCACAAAUGGCCCAUGAAGUCUGCACUGCUCACACCCAUGCACAUGUGGACCAAACAGCUCCAGAAGAUAAAGGAUAACUGCAAGACUGUGUUUGGAGAUGCCCUCUUGUGUUCAGCCGCUAUUGUCUAUCUGGGUCCCUUCCCACCACAGCGGCGCCAAGAAUUGUUGGAAAAAUGGCUGUCUCUGUGUCAGGGCUUUGAGGAAGCCCUGGAGCCAGAUGAUGUGGCACAGACACUGAAGCAGAAAUCUGUUGGGGUGCCACCAAAGAACCCUCUGGUGCCCACAUGUACUCCCUUCAGGAUUUUGACCUUACUGAGCUGUGGAUCUGAACAGCAGGAGUGGGACAGAGACCUGAAGCCCCAAGCGAGGUCAGCCCGCUUGUUAGGCCUGCUGCUACGAAGCCAUAUCUACUACAGAAGUUAUCGUUGGCCUCUGCUGCUUGACCCUAGCAACCAGGCCCUUGCCUGGCUGAACCCACUACCUCAGAAACAGAACACGUUGUUGGCACCACCUAAAAAGAGCAGAGCAAAGUACCAUGUGACAAACCAAGACAGUGAGGAUGAAACAGAAGACGAAGGUGAUGAUGAAGAAGACGAAGAAGAAGAGGAUAGAAACAAAGCCAAUGGCCAAACAAAAGAGCAGAAGACAGAGGAAAACAAGAGUGAAGAGGGGAAAGAGAAGGAGGAGCAAGAAGCAGAGAAAGAAAAGAACGAGAUAGAGAGUUUGAACUCAAGUACACCAUCUGAGACUCAGUCUCCACCUCCCUGCCUUACUGUCCUCUCGGGUGCUGACCCAGAGUUGGGGCCUCAGCUCCUGGAGGCGGCUUCCAAUGGCCUGCCUGUGCUCUUGACAAAUAUGGAGCUGAGCCUAAGGUGCCAAGAACUUCGUUGGCUGCUGUCGAGGGAGGAUCUGAGUCCACCCCAUGUGCAACCUGGCUUUUGUCUCUAUCUGAGCACGACCCUUCCAAUCCAUGCUUUGGAACGAGUACUAGGUUGUGAAUUGCUGAAAGGAUUGAAUGUUCUGGAUCUGGGCCUGAACAUGGAAAUACUAGAAGAACAGAUGCUGCACGAAAUCCUGUGUAGAGAGCGUCCAGAGCUUGAGACCCGCUGGCAGGACCUCAAAAUCAGAGCAGUGGAUACCUAUGAAGCUGUGAUGGCUGCUGAGGAACGGUUGCUGGCGAUAUUGCUACUUCAGUACCAAAGGCGUCAGAAACCGUCCAAGUUUCUGAGAGAAAUGGUGAGGACUCAGGCAAAGAUAUGUCAGCUGAAUGCCCAGAUGGAGGAGAUAGAAGAGCAGAAGCUGGAGGAGAUGGUACUGUGGGCACCCUACCGGCAGGUAGCUUCUCAUGGAAUCGCUGUGGUAGAGGCCCUAAGCUCACUACAGAAACUGCUUCCAUUUUUCUGUAUGAAUUUAGAAAACUGGUUAACAGUCACCAGGAGGGCUCUAGACAGCAUGAAACCACAUGAUAGUCACCACGGAGAGGACUUGCCCAGCCAUCUGCUGCAACUGAAAAUCCACCUAACCCGCCAGCUGCUGAGCAGCACCGUGGCUGCCCUCGGUUUGACCCAAGCACCCUUGGUGGGUGCUCUGGGUGCUAUUGCCCUGCUGCAAGUGACAAAGAAGACACCAAAGCUAGAGAGGUUGGCGCUGUGGCCUGGCCUGUCAGCCUCUCCCAGCACAGGCCAUAACACACAGGGCCCUGGUAUGGCUAGGCCAGCCUGGUUAGGCUUAAGAGCCUGGCAAGAAUGUGGAGCACUGGAGCUGCUGUCCCCAUUUGCUGGGCUUCGUGCAUCCCUGGCAGGCCACUCCAGUGUGUGGCAGGAUUACCUGUCACUAUCAUCCACCGUGCUGGGUCCUGCACCUGGUCCUAAUUCUGAACCACUUAGCCUCUUCCAGAAGCUGAUACUGUGGCGUGUACUGCGACCAGAUUGCCUGGCAGCUGCCCUAGCAGACCUCACCACCAGCCUACUAGGUCGGCCCCUAGAUGAAGACCUGGGUGCCCCUACCAUGAUAUUUGAACACAGUCAGGCUACUCAGCCCAUACUGAUCUUGCUGCCACCAUCUGGCCACCCUAUAGCCACUUUGCAUCCUGUGACUGUCAUCCGGAAACUAGCUGCCAACCAUGAGACACAGAAGCAUCUGCAUGUCAUCGCACUAGGCUCUGAAGAUUGGGAUCCUGUCUCAACUAUAGUCAACACUCUAUGCCAGGCUAUGCUCCAGGGGCACUGGCUGGUGCUGGAUAACUGUCAUUUGAUGCCUCGUUGGCCAAGAGAACUGCUACAGCCCUUGCUGGGACUGCUGGAUGGAGCCAAGGUGGUCUCAGACUCGGAACUGUUAGCUGAACCAAAAAACAGGAGUGUGGCCACUAUCCACAGAGAUUUCCGUCUUUGGCUGAUUGUAUCUACUGAAGCCAGUGCUUCCUUGCCAGGGGUGCUGAUCCAGCACUCCAUGACUGUUUUCUGGGACCAGUCCUUAGAACUACACCGUAUCUUGAUCGACAGUGUGGAUUUGCAGCAAGGACUCUGCAUGCAACCCUUCAGUCGGACACUGCCUUUGUUCCUCCUGCACGGUCUCCUACUACACCGGCAGCUCUAUGGGAUAAAGCUGCAAGCACACAGGGGGCGCUGGAGUCAAGUAACCUUGACCGAGAUUCUUCAGACCCAAGAGCAUCUAUGGGCCAGUCUCAGUAACCCCGGUGCUGCCUUGCUGGAGCUGGCUGCCUCAGUUUUCUAUGGAGGUUCUCUGAGGGACCCAGGAGACAGAGAGGCCCUGAUUAGCCUGACACGAACCUGCCUGGAUCCCAAAAGCAUGAGCGGGGUCCAGCCACACACACCUCAGUAUCUGCUGGCCACUCUGAUGCCUAGUCCAGAGCUAGGGGAACUAGAUGCCAGGACAGAGUGCAAGGCCCGGAUGCACCUACUGCCCAUACCAGCUGAACCUCGUGUCUGCGGACUGAAUGAAGGGCCUAAGUCCUGGCUAUUGAGACGCCAGAGUCGUGCUCUCCUGAGCGUGCUACAGCAGUGUUCACCCAUAUGGGUUCCUUCAGCUUGUGGAGGAAUCAACCAGCGUAAAGAAAGGCGACUUCGGCAACGCCUGGUGCAAGCCAAGAAGAGGCUGGUGGCCCUUCAGGCUUUGCUAUCCAACCGUAAUCACUCAGGCCAGUGUAUCACCCCGUGGGCGGUGCUGGGGCCCAAUGCUCACAGGCCUCUGGAGGGCUUCUUAGAGACAGAGGUGCUGGAACUGAAGCAGCUGGUGAGCAUACUGCAGCGUGACCUUGACUGUUUACUGCAGCAGCUGAAGGGUGAGACCCCAUGUACCUCCAGUCGCUGUGCUGCAGUGGCCCAUGCUCUUUGGGCAGGACGCCUACCUCGGCCUUGGAGAUCUCAUGCGCCUGCUGGGCCACAGCUACCCUGGCAAUGGCUGCGACAACUGUCCCGCCGUGGGCACCUAUUGAUUCGCUACCUGGACAGUGGCACGAGCGAAAAUGCCAAUGAACCAGAGCGCAUAUUUCACCUGUCAGCUUUUCGCCACCCUCGUCGUCUGUUCCUGGCACUGCGUUGGGAGGCGGUCUUGAAGUCCAGGGUGCCAAGCCCCAAUCUUCCUGGUAUCCAAGGCUCUGGCUCCAGCAGUCUCCCACCUAAACGUCAGGAGCUGAACAACCACCCUCUGCAUAUCCGGGUGGAGAAUGGCCCAAAUCCCAAGGUUCCUGAGAUGGGAUUGUUGCUGAUCGGGUUACAGCUUCAUCAUGCGGAGUGGGACCAGAUGGAUGGGGCCUUGCAGGACAGCUUUUCCAGCCAACCCAGCCUUUUGCCUCCUGUCAGCGUCAGCACACAAGCCCGGGGUGCCAGUAACACACCAGUCUCAGCUGGCCUGGGCGUGUACUCCUGUCCCAUAUACAUGACCGGGCCCCUUGGCACCACUAAGCUUCACAGUAAGAACAUCCUCAUGCACCUGCCACUACCCACGAAGCUCAGCCUUGACACCUGUAUCCAACGGAGAGUCCAUGUGUGCAGCCCAACCUUAACCUGAGCCCCGACCAAAAUAAAGCUGUAGUGGUGUCAAGAAUGAUGUCUAGGACUUGGAAGAAGAUUGGAGUAUGCAGAAUACAAAAUGUGGCACACAGGGGGAAAAGGAUGCUAUUGAUAGAGGAAGAAGUGGGGCAAAAUCUGGGUACUCUUUGGGCACAGGCAUCUGCUGUUAGUUAUGUUCACAAAGAAUACCCUAGCAAUGGCUAACUCAGAAUUCUGACUCUGCUUAGCUUUCUACUGUGGUCUCAGCACUUGCAUUAAAUAUCCAGUGGAUGGUUUUGAAUGGAGAACAUUAUUUGAAAGUUGCUUAAAGCAUUUAGCAGCAUUAUUGGAAGGCCCUGCUUGUGCCCUACAACAUUCUCUGAAUGAGUCAUAUUCCCAAAACAAAGGCCAAAUGAGACUCACGACCCCUCACUCAUUCAACAAUAACCAGCUGAGCAAGCACUUCUCCAUAUGAAGUGUUCUUUCAGACACUGAUGAGGCUGUUCAGCACAAAUUUCCUGUUUUCCUUGGAAAUCUAUUUCCAUGGAAGUUCCAGGAAUGUGUUAUACCCUUCAAAAGGGCCUCCUUCUAGGCCAUAUCCUUUAAUGGUCCAUUCAGUCAUUGUUGAAAUUAGGACCUUGAUUAUCCAGUCAGCCUCUGAUAGUGCCACCAUGAAGGGAACAAGCCUUCUGUGCACACACCCAUUUGCCGGAUACAUCAUAUCCACACAAUGGGACCUCAAAGGGUAUUGUUUUUCUUAUAAUGCAAAGCACACGUUCCCCCUAACACCCUCUCUGUUUGAGACAGGGUCUUGCUAUGUUCCAGCCUGACCUCAAACAUUUUCUUUUUUGUUUCAAGACAGUGUUUCUCUGUAGCCUGACUGUGCUGGAACUUGCACCGCAGACCCAGCAGCCUCUGCCUCCUGAGCAACUGGGACCACCACUGGUCCUGUGCGCCACCACUGCCCAGCUAAAUUUUUUUUUUCCUGGCCUCAAAAUUGUGAUGCACCUGACUCAGCUCCCCAAAUGCUGAAAUUAGAGGCCCAAACCACCAUAUCCAGCUCAAAUGCAUUUCUCAAAAGUUUACAUUCCAUUUCCUCAGAUCUAAACUCUUAACUGUAAACCCCCAUAAAACUCAAGAAAUAUUCUAAUAUGUGACACAAGUAAACAUUUCCAAGAGGGUGGAAUAGAUGGACAAAGAAAGCCUGGAGCAGAGUAAGAGUAAGGCAGCAGGACAUGUAGUCCUGCAGCUCGUUCCCAAAGUACUCCGGUGCAUGGUGAUGCCAUGCGAGCUCCAAAGGCACGGGCCAUUUGCAGCCCACGUGGCUUUCUCUAGACCUUGCACAACCCCCCAAGGCUUUCCAUGGCAGAUGCUCUAUGUCCGUGGCCUCUUUUACUUUCUAGAGUCUCCACUGCAAUUCCACACACUCUUGCAACUUCAUACACUGUCAGAGAUUUCCCGUGGGGCUUCUGACCCUGCCAUCCAUACACUGGCCUUCUUUUAGACUUUCCUCUGAAAUAGAGGGAGAGCCUGUAAUCCCACAACUGUUACACUUUACAUGCUUGGAACUCCAGUACCACAUGGGCAAUGUCAAGGUCUGCUGGUAGUUCAAGCAGUAGCUAAUCCUCUUCAAUGGCCUCCAAAUACAUGAAUGGAUGAACGUGAGCUAACACUUUCCUAGGUGGUCCUAACUGAACGGCUCUCAAAGCAAAAUUUUUGAAUGAAUUGAAACCUUUAUACCCAUGUGCCUACCAUGGGUGGCAGCUAGCCAAUUCCUGAGAAACCCUCAGGUACUUUUCUGUUGUACUAAUGCCAAAUAUUUGGCUGUUUUGUUUACGGGUUUAUGUGCAUAAGUGUUUUGUUUGCAUGUAUGUAUAUAUGCACUAUGUGCAUGCCUAGUCCUGUGAAGAUCAGAGAAGGUGUUGGAGUCUCUCGAACUAGUGUUAAGGAAAGUCAUGAGCUACCAGGUAGAUUCUGGGAAUGAAAUCCAGGCCAUUUGCAAUAGCAACAAGUGCUCUUACACUGAGUUGCUGCUUCAACUUCUUUAUCUUUUGAGACAGGGUUUCAUAUAGUCAGUCUGAACUUCAACUUGCUAUGCAGCUGAGGUUGGCCGUAAAUUCUUGAUCCUCCUGCCUCGUAUCUACCAAGUGCUGGCUGGCAUUGCUAGACAUGCACAACAACAUAUAGUCUACUUAAGCUGCUUUUUCUUUUGUUUGUUUUUCAUGACCUGGGUUCUCUAUGUAGUCCUGGCAGUCCUGGGACUCACUUUUGUAGACCAGGCUGGCCUUGAACUCACAGAGAUCCACCCACCACUGCCCGGCUCACUUAGUUUAUUUUUAAUGGCCCUAAUCUCUUAACAGCCACAUUCCUCUUGGCUUCAACUUUAGUUUUGUUUCUGCUCAAAGUGAAAGAUUUUCAAAUUUUAACACUUUGCUUUUGGUAACAAUUCUUGCUAUAGAUUUGACUAAAAGAAGCUAGUAAUAACCAUACCAUUUUAAUUCAGGCUGGCUUGAAAUGUCCUCUGCUGUAUAACUAGUAUGAAUCUUUAAAUUCAGCCUCAUACAAAGACUCAGGAUACUACUAAAAUAUAAAUAAGUUCUUUGCUGGGAUUAGAAUGAAUGAUGUGUAAUCCAAUUCCCCGAGAGAGACCUUAUUCUCACCUUUACUAGCAGCAUUCUAGCCUUCUGAGGUCUCACCAGAAUGGCCCGUUAAGCAUUUCUAACAACAUUCUGGGUCCUCCUAGUUUGUCACUCUGAACUUUUCCAAAUUCUCCCAAACCACAAAGGUUUAAUCACACUAACAAGUUUUCUUCUCCAAGAUAGAUUUAUGGUUAGACUUUCUGUCAACGUGACCAACACCUGAAAGAAACAACUUAGGAAGGUGCUGUUGGCUCAUGGUUGCAGGGAUCUCAAUUCACAGUUGAUGAUUCAUUGCUGUGCACCUCUGGUGACCGGGGCGAUGAGCAUGAACUGCAGUAGAAGUUGCUCACCCCAUGAUGGGCAGGAAGCAGGACAGAGGAAAGAGCUGGAGACAAGAUAGGGUUUUCAAGGCUGUACCACCAGUGACCUGCUUCCUUCAGUUAUGCCCUAAAAUCUAAAGUGCCUACCAGUUCUCAAAAUAAUACCAAGGGACCCAAGUGAAAUCUCCUAGUAAUGGGGGACACGAGUCCAAACUGGCCAUCUUCUCUAACCAGGCAAGGCUCCCAGCAUUAAGACAGAGACACCAACCUAGCUACAAAACCUUCAACCUACAAUCUAUAAGACAUGCUGGGGCAAUGGUGGCACAGAACUGGCCAAACACUAGGCAGAUCCAGGGGAACCCUGAAAGAGAGAAGGUGGAAGGAUUGCAGAAGCCAGAGGAUUCAAAGACAAGAGACCAUGGGCCACAGAAUCAACUAAGCAGGGCUCAUAGUGGCUCACAGAGACUGAAGCAAUAAACAGGGACCCUGUAAGUGUCUGAGCUAGGUCCUCUGUAAAUAUGUUAUUGUUGUGUAGCUUGGUGUGUUUUUUUGUGCGACUUCCAACAACAGGAGUGUGUGUAGGGCUGUCACUAACUCCUUUGCCUGCACUUGAGACCUUUUUCAUCCUACUGAGUUGCCUUGUCCAGCCUUGAAGGUUUGUGCCUAAGCUUGUUAGUCCUGUAUCUUGUUAGGUCAUGUUUGGUGGAUAUCCCUGGGAAGUCUGCUUCUGCUGCUUCUUUUUUUGGGGGGUGGGGUGGGAAACAGGAGGGGAUGGACUGGGAGGAGUGGAGGGAGGAGAAACUGUGGUCAGGAUAUAAUGUAUAAGAGAAUAAAGGUUUAAAAAACAACACGCUAACCACAACAUAGUUGCUUGUGUUUGGGAAGUGGCUUUAGGUGAUAACAGCCUUCUGCUGCAUAACCUGGGUGAUUUUCAGUGUCUUUGUGAUAAAUUAGAGUUAAAUAUUGUUUUGUUAGUUUUCUUUAUAGGUGCUUUGUCCCCUUCAAUUAGAAGAGCUCUUAAGAGAUUACUAGUGCCUCCGAAAAAAUUGCAAUAUAUUUCUCACUGAAGUGAAGCCUAAACCAGGAGAUCCUAUUCAUGGGAGCCUCUAGUUUUGGUGAUACUCAGGGAUUUAGGAAGCUCUGCUCCACCGCAUCAAGUUGGAAAAUAUGGAAAUGACAUGGGGAUCUUUUAUUAAAAGAUCCAAGUCUUCCAGGUAGUGGUAGAACAUACCUUUAGUCCCAGCUCUUUGAGGAAGAGGCAGGUAAAUCUCUGUGAGGUCAAGGCCAGCCUGGUCUACAGAGCGAGUUCUAGGACAGUCUCCAAAGCGACACAGAAAAACCCUGUCUCAAAAAACCAAAGUGGGAAAAGGAAAAGAUUCAAGUAUGAAAGCAGUGGUUUCAUUAGUAACCAACUGUCUUGACUCCAUCACCUUCUGACACACAACUCUAUGGGAAGACGAAGAAUGUAGUAGAGUUGACUUCCCAGGAGGAAAGUGAGUUUGAAGAGCACUGGCAUUUUCCGCUAUAACACACAUAUCUAAGCUACUGUGUAUUGUGAAGAACAUUGGUAUUCUCCGCUAUAGCAUACAUACCGAAGCCACUGUGUAUUGGGAAGAGCACUGGCAUUCUCUGCUAUAACACACAUUAUCUAAGCCACCAUGUAUUCUGAAGAGCAUUCGAAUUCUCCACUAUAACACAUACUUAAGCCACCGUAUAUUGUGUCAAAGACAUUUAUUUAUAUGUGUCUAGGGACAUAGGAGGGAAACAGGAGGAAAUAUUUUGGAGCCAUAUGGACACAGUGACUGGUACUUCUCAUUGGCACAAGGAAAGAACUGUCACCUGUUGCCUGGCCUGCAUUCUACUGUUAGGCAGGAUAAAUGUGCAUGGGAUUCCUCUGGGCUCCUUGAAGGGUCUUGAGGCAUGUGGGGACCUUCUCUGGGAAACCUUAGCAUUAGGUGAGGCUUUUUGGCACUAGGUGGCAGUGGAUACACUGUGUCCUAGUUUGCUGCCUGUAGCUGUGGUAAAACACAAAAGCAACUUGGAGAGGAAGGUCUAUUCCAUCCUACAGGUUGGAAUCUAUCAUCAAGGGAGCCAGGGCAGGAGCUUGAGGCAGGAACUGAAGCAGCUUAACUAGUUUGCUUCCCCUGGUUUAUUCAGUGACUUUUCUUACAAAGCCCAGGGGUGGCAAUGCCCAGAGAGGGCUGGACCCUGCACACAAUCAAUAAGGAAAUGCCCCACAAACACGCAUACAGGUCGAUCUGAUGGUGGCAUCUUCUCAGCUGAGAUAUUCUCCUCCUAAAUGACUCUAGUUUGGGUCUAUUUGACAAAAACUAAUCAGCACACACUGCCAGGGCUUAAGCUAUGGACUUGAGGGGCAAUUGGGUUAUAUAUCAUAAGGAAGCAACCAAAAUCAGUCAAUGCAAAUGUCCCUGUGGAGAGCUCUGGGUACUUCAGCAUCACACACAAGAGUUAACAGUUAAGGGUUUAUCUUGGUAAAACAUACCAAUCAUGUACGAAUUGAGUACAUUUAAUCUUCCAAUCCCCAAACAGAAAAAGCAAAGAAUGAGUAAAAAGAGACUGGGGAGAUGACUCAGUGGUUAAGAGCACUGACUGCUCUUCCAGGAAACCUGGGCUCAAUUCCUAGCACCGACAUGGCAGCUCACAGCUGUCUGUGACUCCAGUUCCUGGGGACUUGACACCCAUGUUAAAACACCAGUGCAUAUAAAAAUGAGUAAGAGGUCAUAUGCCUCUAAUAUACUGAACUGAAGAGAAGAGUUUGAGCCCUAGGAGCUACUAUGUGAGAUGUGGGAGUGGCGGAGAUGGAAAAUGUAUUUAAGGGUUUUUGUUUUUACACUGCAGCCUGUCAUCAUGGAGAAUAUAACGUAUUUACACCAGAGUACUAACAAUUGAACAGCUCUUUGAAGUGAAGCCAAAAGGUGUGGGGGGAGUGCUGUGGCAAUCUGAGAGAUUUCCAAGUAGUCCAGUAGGUACAGUGUCUCUAGCCAGUUAAUGUAUCUUUGACAAGAAUCAGAACACCAAAAGCACAAACCCCAACUCCUAACACCUUUGAGCUCCUGAACUAAAGCCAAGUCAUCAACUAAUGAAGUAAGUCACAAACUCAUCAUUAGUUGAUGAGUAAUGAAGUAAGUCAGAUUCCCUGUUAUAGUAGGAAUUCUUUUAAACGUUUAAGACAUUUACUGGGAAUUUUUCUAGUCAUAAAUAAUUAAUAAAGUAUUUCUGUUUUCUGAUGUGAGCAUUCUUUUUCUUCAUUGAAGAGGAGGAGAAGGGGGUUGGAAAGCUAGUUCAGGAGUUAACAGUGAGUACUUCUCUUGCAGAGGACCCAAGUUCAAUUUUUCACACCCUCAUCAGGCAGCACACAGCUCUUUAACUCCAGCUCCAAGAAAUUUCAUAUCUCUGGCCUCUGCCACUGCACUCACUCACACACAUACACACACACAUAUAUAUACACACCCCAUAUAUGUAAUUAAAAAUAAUUAAAAUCUUUAAAGUAGGACAAUUAGAGAGUAGACUGGCACGUUGAAGUACCUACAGGAAGCAGGGUUUAUAGGGAGGCAAACAGAAGGCAUAUCCAGACACAUGACAACUGUGUGACAUGCUCACACUCAUUAGCUUAAUGGGUUUGGGGUUUAGAUCUGUUUCAGGGUCCAAUUUUCUCCUAAAAUAGUCAAACUUUUUUUUUUUUUUCGAGACAGGGUUUCCCUGAGUAACAGUCCUUAGCUGUCCUGAAACUAGCUCUUGUAGACCAGGCUGGCCUCGAACUCACAGGGAUUCACUGCCUCUGCCUCCCAAGUGCUGGGAUUAAAGGCAUGUGCCACCACUGCCUGGCCUAAAAAUUAAACUGCUUGUGUUUUUUUUCUUCUCUUUUGGCUUUUAUUUUAUUAUUAUUAUUUGGUUUUUCGAGACAGGGUUUCUCUGUGGCUUUGGA